CAUGCUGUAUGAGAAAAAUGAUAUUGAAAGUCUUUGCUAGAAACUGCACAUUGAUUUCUUCCAGAAAUUUCUCGUCUGGAGGAUGUUUAUGUUCCUAUCGAAGAAAACAAGAUUUGCAGCCGUUCGACCCUAAAUUCCCAAUUACUGGUAAACAUGUCAACGAGACGAGAAAAGGAGGCAGCAAAAUAAUGGCAGAAAAACUGGCCUUACAUGUUGUGCAACCGACAGGAUAUGUGGACAGGAAAACUUACAGAUUUAAAAAUAAGAAAGAGAUGAUACCAGAAUUUAUAGUUCCUGAUCUCACUGAUUUUAAGUUAGGUCCUUAUGUACCCUAUAAAUCUCCAAGUAUAGAAUCAGAGGCAUCAACACCUGAACAGUUAUUUGAAGCAUUGUAUGUUGACAAAGUAUUAGAGGAAUUUAAAGAAGGAAAAAUUACAGCAGAUAUGGACUUAGAGGACAUUGAAAAAUUAGAAUCAUUGAAAAGAUCAUAGCUUUUAUUUUGUAUAUAAAUUUUGAUGCAAAACUA